GCAGAAUCGAUGAAGAGUGAGCUGCUCAUCGAGGAGCACUUGUACGCAGGAACCUCAUGUCAUCGUGUGUGCUAGACCCAUACGAAGAGAAGCACAAAGCCCUCCUACAACGCAUCACAGGAUCGGUUGGUCGUCUGAAUGAUGUGAUCAAAGAGAUCAACACACAGCUCGAGCAAAAUGAAAAGUACUACGCCGACAUGGAGUACGCAAGCAACGUUUGGUGUGGCUACCAAAAGCGCGUGCAGGCAUACCGUCCAUCAAGACCCUCUCCGUGAUCACAAAGCGCCUAAGUUUCGACACACCAUUCAACGGCAGUGUUGCCUCCACUUACACUCUUCACGACCCGUGUGCCCAAUCCCGUCCUCGCCAUCCCAUGAAUAAAUAUCUGUUGUCCUUGCUAAUCGAGCCCGACAAACCAUGCCACA